AUGGCCGCUAAGUUCGUUGUAUUCCUCUUCGCCGUCGCUGUAGCUCAAGCUUCAGUUGUCUCAGUCGACAACGAAGCUACCAGCUUCGAAUAUGGUGUCGCCGACCCCCUUACCGGUGACUACAAGAGCCAGAGCGAAUCCCGCGUCGGCGGAACAGUCCGUGGUCAAUACUCCCUGAUCGAACCCGACGGCACCAAGCGCGUCGUGGACUACACCGCUGAUGACGUCAACGGAUUCAACGCCGUUGUGCGCAAGGACCCAGUCAACUCCGCUGUUGUCGCUCCCGCCGUUGCUCCCGUUGUUGCCCCCGUCGUCGCCCGCUCCUACGUCGCCCCAGUAGUUCCCAAAGUUGUUGCCCCAGUCACUUACGCCCGCACUUACGCCCCAGGUGUCGUCUCCAACGUUGUCGCCGGAUCAGUCGCUCCCGUUUACGCUUCCGCUGUCCCCUAUGUUGCCCGCAGCUACCCCUCCGUCUACGGCAAUGUUGUAGCCCCAAAUGUCUACUCUCAAUCCUACUACAACCCUUACAACGCUGUCCCCGUCAACUACUACUAA